UCCGUGCUGUGGGCGCCCUCGCGGCUCAUCGGCCAUGGUUUUCUCAAACAGUGAUGAAGGCCUUAUUAACAAAAAGUUACCCAAAGAACUUCUCUUAAGAAUAUUUUCCUUCUUGGAUAUAGUAACUUUGUGCCGAUGUGCACAGAUUUCCAAGGCUUGGAAUAUCUUAGCCCUGGAUGGAAGCAACUGGCAAAGAAUAGACCUUUUUAACUUUCAAACGGAUGUAGAGGGUCGAGUGGUGGAAAAUAUCUCAAAGCGAUGCGGUGGGUUCCUGAGGAAGCUCAGCUUGAGAGGCUGCAUUGGUGUGGGAGAUUCUUCCUUGAAGACCUUUGCACAGAACUGCCGAAAUAUUGAACAUUUAAAUCUCAAUGGGUGCACAAAAAUCACUGACAGUACCUGUUACAGCCUUAGCAGAUUCUGUUCCAAGCUGAAACAUCUGGAUCUGACCUCCUGUGUAUCCAUUACAAACAGCUCCUUAAAGGGAAUCAGUGAGGGCUGCCGAAACCUAGAGUACCUGAAUCUUUCUUGGUGUGAUCAGAUCACAAAGGAUGGUAUUGAGGCACUGGUGCGAGGUUGUCGAGGCCUGAAAGCCCUGCUUCUGAGGGGCUGCACUCAGUUAGAAGACGAAGCUCUGAAACACAUUCAGAAUUAUUGCCAUGAGCUCGUGAGCCUCAACUUACAGUCCUGCUCACGCAUUACAGAUGAAGGUGUGGUGCAGAUAUGCAGGGGCUGCCACCGGUUGCAGGCCCUCUGCAUUUCUGGUUGCAGCAACCUCACGGAUGCCUCUCUUACAGCCCUAGGUCUGAACUGCCCAAGACUGCAGAUUUUGGAAGCUGCCCGAUGCUCUCAUUUGACUGAUGCAGGCUUUGCACUUUUAGCUCGGAAUUGCCAUGACCUGGAGAAGAUGGAUCUUGAAGAAUGCAUCCUGAUUACCGACAGCACGCUUAUCCAGCUUUCCAUUCACUGUCCUAAACUACAAGCUCUGAGCCUGUCCCACUGCGAGCUCAUCACAGAUGAUGGGAUCCUGCACUUGAGCAACAGCACCUGUGGCCAUGAGAGGCUGCAGUGCUGGAAUUAGACAAUACUGCCUCCUCAUCACUGACUUGCCCUGGAACACCUAGAGAACUGCCGAGGCCUGGAGCGCCUGGAGCUGUACGACUGCCAGCAGGUCACCCGUGCAGGCAUCAAGAGGAUGCGGGUAGGUUGGGGCAGGUCAGUUGGUUACACCUAGCAUAAUUUCUAAGCAACAGAUGAAUACAAGAACCAACAUCUGUUUUGUGUCUUCUAUCCUAAGCUGACGGUUAUGCAGACUGGUCAAGUUGUACAUUAAGUCACCAUAGGCUUCUUAAAAACUCUCGUUUAUUCCCCAACCUGGAAGAUUCAAGCUUGAAUGAGUCUGGGAUGGAGUGAGGUUCCAUGUAGUCUGGUAUCAGCAACCUUAUUAGAAAGCCUGUGUUAAGAGGUUUUCUUAAGGGCAUUACCAGGCAUAAGUAAGAACAUGGUCUUGGCUAGUUU